AUGGUAAAGCAUCUUCAUGUGCCUAAGUUCGGAAACUGGGAUGGUGACAACGUGCCAUACACCGCCUUCUUUGAGAAUGCGCGCAAAGAAAAAGGCAGCGGGGUUAGAAUCAAUCCAAAUGAUCCACAGCAGAACCCGGAGGCCUUUCUUCAAGCUGAUGGUAGCCGUACCACAAUGUCUUCGGGAUCAAGCAGUAAUGCUACUUCUGCCAAUCCAGUCCUUAAGCCCAACCAUCACCACAAAAAAUCAGACAGUAACAAUGCUGAUGACUUUCACAGAUCAGUGUCGGUUCCAAAAUUCGGGCAAUGGGACGAAAAAGAUCCGAGAUCAGAGGAAGGAUUUACUGUAAUUUUCAACAAAGUGAAGGAGGAAAAACACAUAGCUGCAGCCAAGUUUCCUCCUGUUCCACUACAUACUACCAACAAUUAUCAGCCUAGCCGCGAAAAGGAGACCAGAAAGAAAUGUUGCUGCCUGUUUUGA